AUGUUCAAGGCACGGCCACUGGCAAGUCUCCUCGCACAGACACUCGCAUCCUCCAGCCAGACAGGCGCAACAGCAGCCAUCCUAUUCACCGCAUCCGGCGCAUUACUAGCACAAGCAUCACACGAAGGAGGUCCUGCAAAGGCGCGCGUCAUGGCUGCGCUUGCUGCGGGGAUCUGGUCGCAUCGGCAAUCAAGGUCUUCAUCAGCUGUUGAUGUUACAGCGACGGGCGAGCCAGAGGUGGACGAGGGUCAGGAACACAAGCAAGAGGAUCCAGAUGCUGCGAUAGAAGUCGCGCUCGAGCACGGACAACUCAUCCUCCAACCGAUCGAGACACAGCGGGAACUCGGCUUCAGUGAGGGGGACAGGCUGCUUGUUGCAUUGCAAGGUGAUCCUGCUGCGUCCAUGGCGAUGCUCAGACAGCGGGCACUCGCAGUCAAGGUGUAUAUUGAGGAAGAAGCAGCGCAGGUCGCAGCACAGACGCCAGAAUUGCAAUGA